AUGUCUGCUUCCGGUUGGGCGUUCAGCUCAUUCCCAGGUCCGAAGAACCCUUCUUCCGACCUAGGAAUCGUGCUCUUUUCUGGUGAACAGCACUCUCCCUUGGUUUUCAUUACUGUCGGCAACAUUUCUUACGAAGUGGGCGAGGAACAGCUGAAGCAAGUUUUCUCACAGGUUGGUCCUGUGGUGCAUCUUCGAUUGGUUCAUGAUCGUGAGACAGGCAAACCGAAAGGUUAUGGAUUUUGCGAGUACAAUGAUCCGCAGACUGCAGAAAGUGCUAUAAGGAAUCUGAAUGGAUACGAAUUGAACGGAAGACAGUUGCGAGUUGAUUCGGCGGCCGGAGGUGAGAGAAGUGCUGAUGAAGUGCAGCAGUUGCAGGCUGCUUUCGCUGCCCAACAGCAAGAGCUGAAAGCACAUGAAAGUCCGUUUGGUGCAGAAGUAGAACCGGAUAAAGCACCAGAAGCAAUAUCUCGCUCCGUGGCAUCGUUACCACCAGAACAAAUGUUCGAGUUGAUGAAACAAAUGAAACAGUGUGUUCAUAACAAUCCAAAUGAAGCGAAAAGUCUUCUGAUGAGUAAUCCACAGCUAGCGUACGCGCUUCUUCAGGAGAUCAAGAAAGAGGUGUUGUUUGAUUUCAAGGCACAGGUGGUGAUGCGAAUAGUGGAUCCGCAAGUGGCUAUAGCGAUGCUUCACCGCGAAGCUCCAUCUAUUACACAGCCGUUCCAUCAGCAAACAUUCCCUACCGUGAGUGGUGUUCCUUCACGAAUGUAUGCAACAAAUCUUGCAAUCAUUCCACCGUCAGUAAUGUUUCUCCCCUCCCAAAUGCCGAAUCCAUUUCCAGGACCAGCUGCAGUCCCACAGCCCUCCACCGUACCAAGUAUACCAGCGUCUCGGUCGGAUAAUGCCAACAAUGACAAUGAACUCAGUGCUGACGAUCAACAACAAGCACAACUACUUAUGCAGGCUUGUUAUUUCGACUUUGUAUUCGUGUUACAAUUGAACGAGAGUCAAAUAGCCUUGUUACCACCCGAAGAUCGAAGAAAAGUUAUUGAAUUGCGGAAUCAACUCAGAUCGAGUGUGUGA